CUUGGAGUAAGGACGCUACUAGGGGCUUGAGUAGGUUGGGAGGCCAUCGCUCAACCGGUGCUGCCGCACUGCCUGUGCGCGGUGCUGCCCGGGUGGUUUCUUCGAUGGCUCCGGCGGUGCCAUCCUUGAGAGUUCAACGGCUGGAGGAGCUGCAGCGGCAGCAGUCCAUUGAGCUGCAGCAGAUCCUGUUGAGGAGCUCGCCAAACACUCCAAGGCGCACGGCCACGGUGGCCUCGCCCCAUCCGCCGCGCUCGGCGCGCUCCACCCCGACACCGCCCCAACGGAGCACACGCGGAGCACAGACUCCGACGGUCCCAUGGACUCCAAGGGAAACACGCAAGAGAACUCCGAAAGCUCCGCAAGUGGAUCUAUCGCCCAAGGUGCAGGACUUGUUGAAGCUCUUGGACUCGAUUCCUGUGGGCAGUGAAGCGGCCUUUGCGGGCCUCAAGGUGGCCCGCGCGGGGUUCCUUCGCCUGGCCAAUGAGUUCCAGGGUUUGCAGCAGCGGUUGAUGGCGCAAGAUCGACUGCAGGAGGAACUUCAGACGUCCUUGGUUCGACAUGGUGGUGGUAUGUUGAAAGACCGCCUGCAAGAGGAGCGGCUCCGCUAUGACGACCACAUCCAGGCACUGUCAGCCGCAGAGAAAGAGAAGCGCUCAAAUCAGGCUGAGCAGCGUUUGGAGCAGUUCCAAUCCUUUGCUGACCGGCUGGAGAACCAGGCGGCGGACUUUCGUCAGCACUUCGCACACGUGAAGGAGGUUCGGGCGCUGGAUCGCAGCAUUCAGGAGGACUUGGCCGCGAAGGAACGCCUCGCAUCUCUCCAAGAGCUUGUGGAGGCGAAGCGAGCCCAGUUGAAGGAGCUUCGUCGCAGACGUCGUGCCCAAGCCGAAGUACAAGCCGAAGUAGCCGAAGUAGCAGAAGGUCCACUUCUUGAAAGUGAGAGCUGUGAGCUUCCAACUUUAUGAGUGCGGACGGCACAGUUAGGCCCGAUGUGGCACUGCUGAGUUUCGAGCCACAGAGCCUUCGAGUAAGGGUGUAACAGAAGCCCCUUUGAGAUCCGACGCGGCACGUUCCAAAGCAGAGGUGCCA